UUUGGGGGAGGCGAUUGUGUGUUUAGACGCUGGGAGCCGUGGGGGGAGGCAGACGUCGACCUAAGACGAGUUGCAAUCGAGGUAUCUCCGCUCCGGCUUCCUCUUCUGCCCGGCGACCCCCUCCCCCCGGAGCUGAGCUGGGGAAGGGAAACCAGGAUUUUAACCACAUUAGCAUUCACAUUCCUGGGAGGAUGCAGCCCUCGUCUGGACCUGAGUGAUAGAAGCUAUUUUCUCUGUUUUUAUUUUUGGAGGGGAGCGCCCUGUAAUUGUCCUGAACACAUGCUUCUCGCCCCACACCCCCGGCUCCAGCCACCAACGAAAGAGAGUCCCCCUUUUUUGCAUUUAUCUUUUCCUUCCCCUUUCUUUAUUAAAGGUCCGGGAGUGGUGGUGACCAAUCAGAGCGCGGCUUCCAUUUUGUGAGUUCAACUCGGAGGCUCCAGGGCUUCGCGAGGACGCGUUUGCAGCCCCCUCUGCCUCUCCUCUCGGGCGGCUCAGGCGAACGAACCGUCUCGUUGGGGCUUCGUGGUCGUGUAUUUCAUAUUGGGGCUCUUUUCGGGGUUUGUAAUUUGGCCGUGGGUAGGUAAUUGGCUGGAGCAGGGCGGCAGGGCGCGGCAGCCAAUCAGCGCGUGGCUUCUAUAGGGCUUGAGUUAUUAGACGCUGAUCUCAAAACAUCCUUCAUCAGACACCAAGGAGAGGCCAACAGAUGAGGGGAGCCAUUUUUCUGCAAUGGAAUUAAAUGGCCAAGUGUGUUUUUCCUUUGUUGCAAGUGGGGAAUGUUUUUCCUUUGACUCCACCAUCCAGUUCAGGACGCCUGAAUGUGUUGUUUAACAUUUGUCAACAGGCUAAAGGACUCACUAUUGGAAGAAUGAAGAAGACCUUUUAAAAAGAUCUGGAUUUUUCCUUAUGACUUGGAAUCCAUCUUUGUCUUGUAUAACUAGGUCAUAGCACACCAUUAAUGUCAGCAGUUAACAGUUUUGAAUUCCAAAAAACCUAAAGCAGUAAACAGUCCUCUGCGAAGCCGACUUUUUGCCAACCCAACACUGGAAAAUGCAGACGUGGAAGGAAGCAGAAAAUGCCAUGAGAGUAUAACUUACAAAAAGGUUCUUGACCGGAGAAGGGGCCAUGUCUUGGUACCCCAGCAGAGUGGACAAUCCUUUCUUCUGGACAGCAGGAGCAGGCCUAGUGUGACUGACAGUCCUCCCACUGAGGUAGGUGAGAACCCUUUCCCAGGCUGUGAGGGCGAUUUGGGGGCUUUGGCCUGACGCCCGGGGAGGGCGGGUUGGGAUCCCCAAACCCGCUGGGCUGGUUCUGCGGCCCCUCCCCCACACAGAUGCGGCGACUGUGUGUGAAAUGGGCGGCCUGCUGGGUCUAUCCAGCCCCUCCUGUUAGCUUCUGUUGUCAGGCAUUUGGGGCGUGCAACUCUGCUGAAUUUAGCAGCUAACUAGAGGCUGCACUUGCAAGUAUUCCCCAGUUGUGUGUUUGUGGUGGGGGGAGGGCCUUGGAUGCCUCUUGCUUCUGAGAUGUCCUGGCCGCAGCCCCCUCUUCCUGCCUUCAAUAUGAGCCACCUCUGAUGUCUGGUUGCUAGUGAGAUGAAGAAGAAACAGGCAUGAGAUCUGGGCCAGCCUUCCCGGAGGUUUCCGUGACUCUUCCUGCCCUUUCCAGGGUAUCCUCCUUGCUCCCCAAUGGGCAGGCAUGUGUAACCUGAUUUCUAGUGUGAAACCUCUAUGGCUAUUUACCAGCUGUUACCUUGCAUGAGUUACAGGGUCUCUGAGUCCCAUUUUCUCCUCCACAAAAGUGGGGCUAGAUCACGGCUUCUCAAACUUUCCGAAGGUGCCAGAAUCCCGCAGGAGAUUCAUUAAAACCAACUGUCCCCGGUCUUUGGAUUUCUGGUUCAGGUGGAGUGUGAGAACUUGCACUUCCAACAAGUUCUCAGCCAACAUGUUUUGAGACCCUCUGUGCUAGGCAGCACCUGGGGUGUUGAGGUGCCUGGCAGGUAGCAGUUGUUCAGUGGGUGCAGCUGUAUUCUAAUACCAGCUGACCUUGGUUGUCAGCCCUCCUAACCGUCCUGGAAGCUCCACGGCUGGAGAUGGUGUGCUCCUGAUCUCUGACCCCUGCUUUAGUCUGUGAUGACCCAACCGAUUGGGUCCAGGUGCCUCUGCUCUUGGCCCCUGGCUUCCAAAUUGAAGCAGCCCUGCCCUUCCCCCACCCCUGUGUGCCGGCUAAACUGACUUGGGGAAUCCUAUGAACUUAGUUGUAGGCAUUUUGGUACUUAAUCAGGGGAGGCUCUAAGACAGCCGUAGGUUGGAAUCUGGAUGGUGCGGGUGACCUUGAGCAAGCAUCUCCCCUGUGAAAUGAUAGUAAUGAUGCAUGCUGGAAAGGCCAGUCAGUGGGAGGAAAGGGGGCCGUCCUCCCCAGCCAGCUUCACAAUAUUCAGCCUCCAUUGUGAUCUGGGUUGUUGCUGGGAGUGGCUGCCUCGUGGGGGUUGGGCUGCCUCCAGAGCUCCUCCCCUGCCAGCCCACCUUUUAAAGCACGUGGGGACUCCUCCAGGCAGAGUGAAAAAUGUUUUCCUUAGGAAGGCUGCCUGCUAGUCUCUGGUAGAGCCGGGCUGCUGGUAGAAACCUCUGAUAGGAUCAUGAUUUGGAGUCACCCACCAAUGGCCCAGAGAAAAGUGACUUACUUGCCUAGGGUCAGGAGGCCACUACUGGCUCAGCCAGGAUGGGGUUCCAGGUGUCUUGACUCUCAGCCCAGUGCUUGGGCCCAUGGCACCCUGUCGCCCCAGCUGUCUGGGUUAUUUUGGGCUCCCUCUGGUGCCAGCUGUCUGGCAUCACUGCCCAAGAGCUGUCUGGUUGGAAGUAGCCAGCACAGUGCUGUUGGCUUCUCCUGGUGAGGGUCGGGUGGGUCUCCAGUCCCAGAUGAGCUGCCCUUGAUCCCUCUCCUUUGCUGGGAGUGGGGCUGUAUCCCACUGGUCCCAUUCUAAUUCUAAAUUUUUGUUAAAGAGACCAGUGCAAGGACCAGGCUGUGCCCCACUGGUCCUACCCCCCAGCCCUAGUGAAGGAAGAGACUAAAAGUGCUUUGACGAAUUUGCUGUAGUUCCCAUUGAUGCCCAUACCAUAGUCACUUAAAUGAUAACCUCACUGAAUUCCCUUGACUCACUGGGGUCUUUACUUCCCCCUGAUUCAGAUGCCUAAAUGAUUGAUUUAUGUCUUCCCCUUCCAGCUGGCCUAACAGCCAGUCCUUCCACUCCUACCCUUGGACCCUCACAAAGCAAGAAGGUGCUAAACUAUAGUCUGGAUGUGAUUCUUGGAAGGUAGAGAUGGCUCAGAGCAACGUGGAAGGAUUGUGCCUCUCUCUGCUUCUGACUUUCCAGUACCUCCCUCUUCUUUCUUUGUCCCCACCUCCCUUCCCCUGGGACAUGGAGGGGCGGGGCAGCCUGUCCUCCUAUCAUUCUCCUGGCUCUAAGAGAGGUGCUCCACCCACAGUCACCCAAUGAGCUAGGGGCGGGCCUGCUCCAAGCAAGCCGGAGAGAAAGCCACGCCAGCGCCAGCGGAAGGGUUUCCGGGGCUGGGAGGAGGCUGGACUAACCUUACUACUGAGAGGAUAGUGUCCCACCUCUUCCGGUCCCUGCACCAGGAGCCCUAGUGCUGAAUAUGACCUUUUAGACCCUCACCUUAGAGACCGAUGACAUGUAGCUGCCUGGACUGGGGAGAAUGACAUCCCACCAUAUAGGAUCUCUUGACCCCAAUGCUUUCUCCAGCCAACUUGUGACUACCUUUCACUUCCUGCCUAUGUGAACUGGAAGGAGGAAGUUAGAAGGUAACCUGAGUUCUUUCUAAAUUUUUGUUAAAGAGAGGGAAUCUCACUUCAUUGCCCAGGCUGGCCUCAAACUCCUGGGCUUAAGUGAGCCUCUGCCUCAGCCUCCCAAGUAGCUGGGACCAUAGGCACAUGCCACCUUGGCUUAUGAGGGGAGCAUUUUGUACUCCAGAGGUGACCUACCCAUCCUCCACCUGCCCUCUAAUGCUUAUAGGCUGCUGAGGCCUAGAGGGAGUCCUUUAGCCAGGUGGAUAGACAGCCUGCUUCUCCCAGGUAUCCUGGCUUGGCCACCUGGAUUCUCUGGGCCCUCCGGAAGUAGCUUAAAGCUCCUGUCUUUGGGCUGGGGGUGCUGGGAUCUUUAUCUUCCAUUGUUAUUUAAUCAUUGGGUGGUUAAACAAUUUAUGGUGCCUCAACACCCAGGGAAGUGGGUGCCCCAUCCUAACUUGGACUGGCUGGACUUUGCCCUGAAAGAUCAAAGUGGAUCAGCAACCUCCACAACCCUACAGAGGCCUCCUUGUGGCUACAAAGGCCACCUGGUAUCUCCUUGGGGCUUCUGUGUCCCCCAGCUCUUGCAGCAAGAAUCAGCCUAAAGAUUUUUUUCUUUCCCUCCUAAAACUCUCCAGGAAUUCUUGGUGAGCGGGAGAUUGACUUGGGUCUGGGUCCUCAGAACAUCUUGCAGGUGAAGGAGCAGGCCUCUUGGGUGGGUGUGCCCAGCUCUGCAGCUGGCUUAGCCUGGCAGGCCUCCUCUUAGGAAGUUCUGAGCAGCUGGCUAGGCUCCUGGGUAUUUUUAGCUACAUAUCCAGCCCCACCAUUACCAUGAGUCCUGGGUCCAAAUCAAACACGCUCCAGGCUGGAUGGGGCUGGGGCUCUGCCAGCCUUCUGACCAGGCAGGGGUGGGUGGGUAGGCAGGCAGUCUCAGGCCAGUGGCAGCUGUUCUCCCUGGGCCCAGGCAGGAGAAUGCUGGUAUUUGCUCCUUUCCUCCCUUGCAUUUUGUGCAGGCUUGCUCUGUUGCAGAGAUCAUAGCCACAUUUCUAGGACAAAGAGUGGAUGAAGGAUGAAGAUACUGAGGUCUGAGGAUGUUGAGAAAUGUCAGCAGCCCUCCAUGGUGUGUAUUGUUAACCAGGUGUUAUGAGCCUAAGUGAGUUCUCUCUUCCUGUCCCUAUCUUUCCCUGAGCUUCAGGGUGCUGGGUGCAGCUGGAGGGGAGAAGCCUGGGGCCCCUGCAAAGGUAAGUGGUUCUCACCUCACCCCCUACUCCCCAAACUCACUGUUCAUGGCACAGUUACUCCAUCCUUGGUUGGCCCCCUCUUCCCCUGACAACCUUAGGGUGCCACUGAGAGACUGGCACCAGAUCCAGCCCUGCGUUGCCAGCAAGCUGGCUCCUUCCUGGUCACCCUGGGAUAACUCAGGCCUAGUUGUGGUUGGACUCCUCCCUUGUGCAGGAGCCUCCUUCCAACAUCCCCCUUGAGCCUGGCAGUCAGGCCCUGCAGCAUUGAACCCCUGUUACUUGUCCAUGUGGUUUGGGUACUAACCCUUGAAAAUGGUUCACCUGUGGCCCACUCCAAAGCCUCACCUGGUUGUCUCACUCCCCGGCCACUGCAGAACCUGAGGCUUUCCUAGUUACAGUGCAUUUGCCCAGGCAGAGUAUCUAGCCUACCAUCCAGCACUGCCCAGCUUAGUUCAAAUGCCAACCACCUCAGCUUUCCCUGGGACCUUGACUGUGCUCUCUAAAUUGCUCACAUCUCCCAAACCCCAUCAGACUGCUUCCCCAAGACUGAGCUCUUAUGAGGCAGGAACCCAAUUGCCUCUCAAUAAACAUGUUGCAAAAAAAAGGAACGGAUGAGUCUCUGUAAAUUUGUCUUGUGGGUCCUUGACACAGAAGAUGCUCCUCUGCCCGGUGACUGGCCAGAGGUCUUCCACCUAACACCCUGGGUGGAUGCUGGCGCCGGCACCGCCCUCCCUGGCUCUGGCUGUUGUCUUGGUUUCCACCAGUAGUUGCUGCUGCUCCCUGGUGGCCAGAACUUGCCUAGCACCUACUGGAACUGAGCUAGCACUUAGGAGCUACUAGGUUGGCAAUUUACCAUUUACCUCCACAAAGUGAAAUUUACUUGACCUUCCCUGAGAACUUGAAUAUUAGGAGUCUUGGAGACAUGGUCAAGGGCAAAAACAACCUGAUUUCUGCCAGCUCCUCCUUGAAGAAACCAUGUAAUUUGCCAUACACAUCCCCCAUGAUGAUACCAGUUCUCUUAGACACCAGCUUUACCUACCCCAGCAGGGAGGACCACAUCAUUCGACCAUGCUUUGUUACUACUGAGGAUAGCCAUCUCCCUCCAGUCCUUGCUUGAGUAGGGGACAGUCGGCCCACAGUAACACAGGGAAGGGAUGGCCACGAGUGGUCUCAGCCAGCUAGCCUGAUAGUACCUGCAGGGAAGUAAGCUCUCAAACCAACAGUGGUUUUGGGCAGGGGAUAGGAGGAGUCCUGGGGUGAUGGAUGUAAGGCUACUGGGCAGAACACUUAAUGACAUUUCUUGGUGAGACAUAUUCAUCCAAGUAGGUCUCCCUUGGCUUGCCCCUUCCCCCACGAUGUCUGGCUGGUUUCACGCCUCUGGCCCCUGCAGGAAGGAAGCUAUUGGCCACGUGUUUGGGUACUAACCCUCGAAAGCCUUUCACCUGCGGCCCACUCCAAAGCCUGGUCCCGACAGAGGGCGCCACGCUUCCUCCCUGCAGACCUAGGGAAGUGGAGGGACGUAGGUAACUGCCAUUCCACACCGCUAGCCAGCAAGCGCACCAAGGUCCCCUGAGGGUCAGGGCCAGCCUAGGUGAGCAGACACGAUUCCUGUGCCAUAGCCUCCCGGCACCACUACAUCUUAUAGGGAAAUAGGCCAGGGGCUGAUUUAAGCCAUGCUACAUAGCCAGAGAUGGGGGCUUUCCCCAGAGCUUGAAACUCGGGCUCCUAGAACCCGGCUGCUAGGGGUACAAUUCUCCAAUCAAUAAGUUCCUGUCCGAGGGGGACGGCCGAGAUGGCCAAUCAGAGGGUCCUGGUCAGAAAGGCGGAGCCUGCCAAUCAAGGGUGCGGGUAGUGGAGUGGCGGAAACGAUCCAGCCUUGCCCGCUGGGGGCGCGCCUUGACGCGCCGGGAUGGGAGUGGGAACUGCGCUUACGAGCCAGCACCCCGUUUCUCAGCUGCCUCAGUUUCCCUGGGAAUUGGAAGUGACCCAGGGCCGGGACCCUGAUAGAAAGGAAACCAGCCGGAGGUGGGCUCGGGAGGCUGCCUGGUGGAGGUGGUGCUGGCUUGGGGGCGGGGCCUCCUUAGCCCCGCCCCCGCAGCGACUGCUUAGCCUGGCUUUGCCGGGCGCGCAGCCUCCAGUGCAGCUGGCUCCGGGCUAUGGACACCCCCGGGGCCCCGACCGCGGCUCCGCGCCCGGGCAAGAAGGAGCUGAAGAUCGUAAUCGUGGGUGACGGCGGCUGCGGUAAGACGUCGCUGCUCAUGGUGUACAGCCAGGGCUCCUUUCCCGAGCAGUACGCCCCGUCAGUGUUUGAGAAGUACACGGCCAGCGUGACAGUGGGCAACAAGGAGGUGACCCUGAACCUCUACGACACGGCCGGGCAGGAAGACUACGACCGGCUGCGGCCCCUCUCCUACCAGAACACCCACCUUGUGCUCAUCUGCUAUGAUGUCAUGAACCCCACCAGCUAUGACAAUGUCCUCAUCAAGUGGUUCCCUGAGGUCACACAUUUCUGCCGAGGGACCCCCAUGGUGCUCAUCGGCUGCAAGACAGACCUGAGAAAAGAUAAGGAGCAGCUGCGGAAGCUCCGGGCGGCCCAGCUGGAGCCCAUCACCUACACACAGGGCCUGAGUGCUUGCGAGCAGAUCCGAGCUGCGCGCUACCUGGAGUGUUCUGCCAAGUUCCAGGAGAACGUGGAAGACGUCUUUCGAGAAGCCGCCAAGGUGGCCCUCAGUGCUCUGAAGAAAGCACAGCGGCGGAAACAACGCCGGGUAUGCCUGCUGCUGUGACACAGGCACAGGCCUCAAGACAGGACUAAUAGGGUCAGGGACCCAGGCCUAGACCACUCCUAGGAUUCUGCCCCGUCCCUAUCCCUGUGGCACCUGGGACCUCAGGCUGCACUCUUAGAACAUUCUGGAACUCUCUCCUUUCUGUGAACUUACCUUCGGGUUCACAAAGAGUGUAGCAGUGAUUGAGGGAGCCGGAUACAUGUCCCUCUACCCUGGAACCAGCUUUUGUUCCCAAGACUCAGGAGGGCCCUAUCAUGGUCUCCCCCUUGUUUGUCCCCCUUUGCACACCUAAUUCAUGCUUAAAACGUAGGACUUCAUGUGAGUAUGUGGGGAUUUGGCACCCUCCACACGGUGCCCCUCAAACUUGCUGCUUCCAUGUCACCCUCCUCCCUGGCCUCCCAAGAUAGGUAUGGCUGCAUCCUCCAGCCUCUUCCUUCUUUCCCCCAGACCUCCAGGGCCACCACAGGGCCAGGGCCUAUCAGGAGAACACAGGCAACAGCCCUGGAAGUGAGGCUGGCACUAGACCCUCCCUCUUCCUCUUCCUCCUCUGUCCCACACAGCGGAACUCGGCUUUUAGAUUGGGCACCAUCAUGUAUGCCCAGGGGAGAAAAAAGUGAUCUCUCAAAAGGUCAGAUGCCCUGGGUCACCCCCUGACCCCUAUUCCAGGUCUUACCUCUGGACCCUACUCACACCCCACCAGGGACUCGGGGUGAAAAGUGCCUGGGGAGACCUCUGUUCUCUCCUGGGAUUGUCUCCCAUCUUCAAGGGCCCAGGAGGGGGCCAUUUAAAUAGGCUUUCCACAUGCCCCUCACAGCCUGCUUGUAUCAGGAUGUGGAGCUCAGAACUGCUCAUCCUGGUCUCCUUCGAGUACUGACAUCAAAACCCCUGUCCACGCAGGCCCAUAGCCUGCCUGUGUCCCUGCCAGCCAGCUGCCUACACCCUGAACCUUUCAGAAGGUCUGGGAUUGGGCAUCCAGGACUUUUUAAACAAGUGCCCAGUGGCUCUAAUGCCUGAGACAGCUGUGUGGUUGUGAGUGAACCUAAGAGUCAGUGUUGCCUGAAAUGGUACCAUGAUCUUGGCCGGCAUCUGUUCUCCCUAGUGCUGCCUGCCUCAGUCCCUUCCAGGGAAGUCAGGGUGCCAGUGAAAGAGACUUCUGAAAACCACCCCACCAGGUUCCCCAAGGCCCUGCUGUCCCCUGGGGAGUCAUCCACGGACCUCUCGUUCUCACAGAAUGCAAGGCCUUAUGGACAAAUGAUGGUUUAGGGUGGAGGUCGGCAAACUAUGGCUGCAGGCUACAUCUGGCUACCAUCUAUUUUUGUAAAUAAAGUUUUAUUGGCAUCGCCAAACCCA